AUAUUUCUACUCGAAGCCAAGUUAUUAACAGCGGAAUUUGGCUCAUUUUAGCUUUCUUAGUUUGUUCCCAGUUUCGCCUUAGUCAUUUGCGCCAGGGUGUUUUUUUUGUAAGAUGUUGAAGCAAGUAAUAAGGAAAGUUUUGAGCCAAAGGGUAGUUUCAUAUUCUGGUGAUAAACUUUUGUUGCCUUGCUUGUACUCGCCCUCGAGAUACUUUCAUGCUGGACAGGUUCAUUGUUCACCAAGAAGUUUCUUUGGGGUGGAAGAUUUUCUUGAUGAUGAAAAUAGCAGGCCAUACACUUAUCAGAAGGAGAAAAAGUCAAAGAAUCCGAACAAGCAUGUCUCAUUUAAACAGCGGACCGAAGCCUACAUGGAACCUUUUACACUCGAUGUCUUCAUCUCGAAGCGCUUUGUUUCCGCUUCACUUACACAUAGGGUAACAAGUAAACAAGUUGCAGUUGCAGGCACAAACUCGAAAGACAUUAAAGCAGUACUAAGAUCCAGAUCGGACAUUCCGGCUUGCUUGGCGAUCGGACAGAUAUUAGCUGAGAGAGCGAGAGAAGCCGAUGUGUAUACAGCUUCUUAUACUCCCAGGGAGAGAGACAAAUUUGAAGGCAAAAUCAGAGCCGUGGUUCAAUCCCUCAUUGAUAAUGGAAUUGAUAUUAAAGUUUAUCUUGAUUGAGUAAUUUGAUUUCAAUUUUUGAACUUUACUCUCUUUACUCAAACCUUUUGAAAGAUAUUCUCUGUUGUUUUAGCGUGUGAA